AUGAUACUGAAACAGGUGAUGCUCUCCAUCACCUGUGGGGCGUGCUUAUCCAAAGUGUAUAGAUUUGACGGAGAGCGUUUUAGCAUUCCCGUCGAGGAUUUGGGUCUGUUCCCUGUGGAAGAUGUUAGAGAUCCACGCAUACAGCGCUUAUGGAGCGUAAAUCACAAGAUCAACUUCUUGCGUCCUAAAUUUAAAGUUGAUGAAUACUAUGUGGGUCCUAUUCCUGCUAAAGAAGUGACGUUUGCGGGGCUGAAUGACAACGUGAAGGAGGCAUUUCUUACAAACAUGUGUGAUAAAUAUGGACAAGUGGAGGAAGUGGAAGUCUUCUAUAACCCCAAGAAUAAGAAGCAUUUAGGAGUUGCCAAAGUAGUUUUUGAGACAGUAAAGGCUGCAAAAGAGGCUGUUGAACACCUCAAUCAGACAUCAGUGAUGGGAAACGUUAUACAUGUGGAAAUUGACACAAAGGGAGAGAAGCGGGCUUGUUACAUUCAACUCCUUAUCCAUGGCCUUUAUACGCCUUGGACGCUACCAGUUGGGAGCAGCGAACAAGCUCUUCAAAGACUGAUCGAUAACUUGCACAGUGCCAAUAUGCAGUUCAGAGGUGGCAUGUCCAGCCCCACCAGCGUCAGCUCGCCUCUAUCUCAAGACACAGCUGUCUAUUCUCCGGGUCCAGAGCGAUGGAGUUUAGACUCCCGCAUUGAAAGUUUGUUGACAAACAAUCAGCUCGCGGCCCCUCCAUUCUUCGAUGAAAAAGCAUCUGAAGGGGAUCAUUUGCGUGAGAGCCCAGCAUCACCAUGUACAGCUCAUGACUCUGCAGAUGAAGCACUGGGUUCUCCAGAUAUUCUGCAUGACCUUGAGGAUGUUCAGAUAUCACCUGGAAAAAAGACUCUCACAAGUUCAGAAGACAGAAACAAACUAUUAUAUCCUUUAAGUCACCUGAAUGAACAGGUCAAAAAGCCUCCACUACCAUCUUUUAAGGUCAAAAGGAAACAGGACAGUAAUGAACCAGUAAAUGAAGUUAAAGAACAUAUAAGAGAACGUUCUGUUGUGGAUGCAGAAAGCAUUCAGGAGACAGCGUUACAGAAAAGCAGACAGAGACACGGCCGACCGCAGGUGUUGGACAGUGAUGAAGAAGACGAUGCUCAAGACGAGAUCGUCAAAGAUGUUAAACCAAAGGAUUAUGACAAAGAAAACAUAAAUGUUCAAGUCGAAAAGGACAAUUCGAUUUUGAGUGAAGAAAAGGCAAUAGAUGUCCAUGUGAGUUGUGAAAGGGAAAAGAUUGACAUUGAUUUAACUUCCCAAACAUCUGCAGAGGCGAUAUCCUCUGAUCAUGACAGUAGCACUUCUGAGGAAAGUGAGUUGUCUUCAGACUUGGACUCGUCUGACAGCCCUGAGUCAGAAUCCGACCUGAGCGAAGAGGAGGACAAACAAACAGAUGAAUGCAUCGUGAUCUCAUCUGACGAAGAAGAAGACGAAGAGUCGAUGGAGCUGGAAAUCCCCAACACGCCCCCCACACCCCCUACCCCACACACCCCUCAGACCCCUGGUGCGGUCCUGGACUUGGAUAUGCCAUGCUGGUUAGAGCCGUAUCAGACAAAGGUGUAUCGUGACAACAGUGAGGAGACUUCCUGUCCACAACAUACAAGUGAAGAGGCCGUGAUGAUGGACCUUCAAAUCGCCAAAUCCAUGGAAGGUCACAUCCCAUCUCCGUUACUAAGCAUAGAGGCCUCAAAUGGAUAUUGGUCCCAAUGUUUGUAUCAUAGGACUGGUUCGGCCCGCAGCGAAGGCUACUACAAGAUCAGCCAGAAAGAGAAGAUGAAAUAUCUCAAUUUAAAACCAGCAAGUCCAUCAAGUGGCACACAGCAGGGUGUCAGUGCCCAUGUACAGCUGCCCACACUGCUGCGUGUCACUUCAGACUUUAGGUCUGAGCAACGCCGGCUGUUGUCAAACCUCAGCGCUGAUAGUGAGCUGGUGUCCUUGAACCAGCUCAAGUUUCGAAAGAAGAGGAUUCGUUUCUGUCGGAGUCACAUCCAUGAAUGGGGGCUGUUUGCAAUGGAGCCAAUAGCAGCAGAUGAGAUGGUGAUCGAGUACGUUGGGGAGGUUAUCAGACAGGUGAUUGCUGACAUGCGGGAGCAACGAUACGAAGAGGAGGGAAUUGGAAGCAGCUAUUUAUUCCGAGUGGAUAACGAUACUAUUAUUGAUGCAACUAAAUGUGGGAAUUUGGCCAGAUUUAUCAACCACAGCUGCAAUCCAAACUGCUAUGCAAAAAUCAUUACAGUGGACUCCCAGAAGAAGAUUGUCAUUUACUCGAAACAACAAAUUAACAUAAAUGAAGAGAUUACAUACGACUACAAAUUCCCCAUUGAGGAGACAAAAAUACCUUGCUUAUGUGGAGCAGAUACAUGCAAAGGAUCUCUGAACUAA